CAGGAUGCUCCUCCAGAUGUUUUAUGGGGACUUAGGUGGUGCAGCAAUCCAUCUCCUACACCAUGUUGCUGUUGUUCCAGCUGUUUUGGCUUCUUUUAUAUGUGGCAAGCCUCACAGGCGUGGAUGCUCAGUUUCCACGUCCCUGCACAACACCUGAGGCUCUCCAAACUCGAACGUGUUGCCCCCUCUUGAAUGGAUCUCCUUGUGGGUUUAGCUCAGGUCGAGGAGUCUGUGCACCACAUCCGGCGAGAGAUCUCCCAAAACCAGUGGACUACCGGGUGAACUGGCCUCGUGUCUUUUAUGAUUCAGUGUGUACCUGCUGGGGAAACUACGAUGGAUACGACUGUAGUCAGUGUCUCCCUGGCUGGACAGGAAGCCAGUGUCUACAGAGGCACCAUGUGGAGAGGAAAGAGAUAACAGAUCUGAGUGAUUCUGAGAGGGAGACCUUUAUCUCAAGCCUGCACCAGGCAAAACACAGCCCCAGUGGCCGCUAUAUGAUCCUUACAAGCAAUGACACGACUGUGGAGGGGAAUUAUGUAUUUCACAACACAAGUGUCUAUGAUCUCUAUGUAUGGAUGCACUACUAUUCAGCUAAGAGCUAUGCUGGCUCUGAAAAUAAUGCUGCACAUCGGGGCCCUGCUUUCAUCUUCUGGCACCGAGUGUUUCUACUCUUUAUUGAGAGAGAGAUCAGGGAGCUCACUGGGAACCAGGAUUUCUACAUCCCAUAUUGGGACUGGACCAGAACCAACCACUGCAACAUCUGCACCAAUGAAUACUUUGGUGGAGUUGGCCAAGAUGGACGCAUAGACAGCACUUCCCAGUUCUCAAAAUGGAAGACCAUAUGUCCAUAUCAGGAGAGUCUUGGUAUAAUUUGCAUUCACUCUGAUGCCGCUGGUCCUGCACACCUGAUCCGCAACCCCGGAAAGGAUCCAGUGUAUAAAACACUCCCAACCGCUGCCGAUGUUGAAGACACAAUGGCAACAGCGCUUUUUGAUACCCCUCCAUUUGACAAGACAUCUAGGAAGAGCUUCAGGAACAAGCUAGAGGGUUUUGAGUUUCCCAGUGAUUCCCGGGACCUGAAUGCAUCGAUGCACAACCUGGUCCACAGAUACUUGAAUGGCACAAUGUCUCUGGUUCCUACUGCAGCCAAUGACCCCAUAUUCAUGCUGCAUCACAGCUUCGUUGACAAGCUCCUGGAGACGUGGCUGCAGGACCACGGUGAAGCGACCUACCCCGACAGUGACCACGUCCAUCCAGCCCAGAGAGCUCAGGCCUACAUGGCUCCCUUCUUCCCUCUACGCACCAACAACUACUACUGGGGCAGAGACACCCAGAGUCUGGGCUACAGCUACAAGGAACACAGUCUUUCUCGCCCUGCAGCCAGGAACAGCGGAACAAGAGGGGCUGCAGGGUCUGUAGCGGACUCUACAGCUCAUGGGGUCCAGUGGCAGUGGCCUGUUCUCGGGGUCGUCAGUGCUGUGUUGGUCUUUGGUAUUGUUGCAGCUGCUUUUAAGUGCAAAGGCAAAAUACAGCAAGCACAAGAAACCAAGACAGAGGAGAAACAGUCAGAGUUUGACUUCAGGUCCAACUCUCUGUAUGCAGUCUGGACAAAAGACAGGAAUGGGCACACUGACAAAUCAUCAGUUGAUAUUGUUUUCGGUGCAGCCCAUUCACAAGAUGCAGCACCCAGGUUUUCAUCAGAGGAGAGCAGCAGCAGUGUGGAUGGACAUGUGGAAAUACACCUUUAAACACAGAAUGAUGGAAAAUGAAUGAACUACAGAAUGUAUUAAUCCAAGGGUUCUGGUUGUUGUUUUAUAAUCUAAAACUGAACUAAGGCUUAUUAUACCUUUUGUCGGUACGUCAAGCUAAAACUGUCACACUACAAGCUUAAAAACAUUGCUGUAAUAAAUCUUACCAUGAUGAAGAAUAUAAUGUAGAGUAUUUGUUAAGCAAAUUAGAUGUGCUGAUUCAACUUUGUGACCACUUUGGUGGUUGUGGUGCCAUUAAAUUAUAUUUUGUUAUACCAA